AUGUUGUCAAAAGCGCUCCAGAAGGCCAACACAGCUGUCCUGCUGGAUAAUGCAGCAAAUUUUGAAGGUGCUAUUGAAGCCUACGAUGAUGCUUGCCAGCUACUGCAGCUGGUCAUGCUCCGUUCUAACGGCAGCGUUGAGGAGAAGUUGAAGCUCCAGGAGAUUCACAAUACGUAUACAGCUCGUAUCAGCGAGUUACGGCGGCUAGGAGUCGAGAAAAGGGACGAAAAGGCUCUUCCCGAGACACCCUUGAGCGGCGAAUCAUUUUCUCGGGCGCUUUUCCGGCCAGUAAACUAUGAUGGCACGAAUUCUGCAAGCAUUGACACUACCAUGGCUAUGCGUGAUGCUGAUUACCCCGUCCCUGCACCUGAGUUUCAUGAUGCGACUUCGUCGCAGGUUCCUCAGCGCCAGUCAUUGCUUCCAUCGGCGUUUGACGAUGACAUUCAGUCUUCCCGUUCGUCACCGCAACGAAGUAGGUCGCGGGACCAUUCUCGGUCUGAUGGGUAUAGGCAUGAGACCCGCUCUGAGCUCUCUUUGAACGGGUCAUCUUUCUCAGAAAAUGGCUUCAGUGAUAGUCACUCGCGAGCGCCGACUAGCCAAUCUCAAUAUUCCCAAAAUGGUGACCAUGGCGGCCAUAUCAGCAAUGAAUCGACGUCGUGGUUAGAUACUAUCGAUGAGUCGGGCGCCUCGUCACCCGCUUCGACGCGCUCUGGAAUGUCAUCUAUUUACCUCCGUCAGAGACGGAGCCAUCGUGACAGUCACGGAACCGAGGCCGAAUUCGAUGCCGCCCUAGACGCCGCCGUUGAGGCUGCUUAUGACGAAGGUCUCGAACCCGCUGCAGAUAUUAAUGAUCGCUUUGUGGAAGACAGCGUAAUAUCCAACGCUCGCAGAAAUGUGGAAUUGGCGAAACAGAGAGUGAGAGAGGCUGAGAGAGAAGCUGCAGCGGCCACAGCAGGCCGACGUGAAAAGUUCCAAGACGAUAUUUUACCUCCGCACAUGGACCGUUUUGAGGUCGAUUUCAUCGAUGAGGAGGCUGAGGAAGAAGAACGACUACUGGAGGAGAUGACAAAAGGCUACGUUAUGGAUGACUUUCGAUUCGAUCUACAGUCGAAGUCAGCACUUCCUCGCGAGUCGAAUUCCAGCGGCUUUUCUGGCCGAACCUGGGGAAGCUCUGUUGCUUCUAAUCCAACCACGGCUGGAACAUCGCUCUCCACCCUUGCUGAGGGUGUCGUCUUGCCGUCUCUAGGCUCGAAGCUCUCGAAAAGUCUCCCACCGCCGCCGCCACUGCCCACUUCUUCUUCGGCUCCAGCUCUUCCCACUACUGGUCCUGAUGUCCCAUCCUCACCCAGCUUCAACUCGCCCUCCGGCACCAGCGUAAAAGCCCGACGGCGAUUAUCAGGACAGAACAUGAAACAGUUGAAGAUUGAUACCAACGCGAUUGGCCCGUCUGGGCCACAAGGCCCGAGGACGGAGCCUGCCCCGGUGCCUCUGAUCACCCAGGCUCUUGAUGUUUCGCGCGAUGAACCUAAAACCAGCAUGCCAGUUAAUGCUCUCAACACGGAGACUCUGCCUGGCAGAAUCCGCAGGGGGACAUCGAAUAGCCGGAGCGGUUCAAUGGAUUCUCUUGCCGGCGAGGGCGUCACUGCAGCGGCGCUUGCAAAAGUGUCGACUCACGAGAGUGAUGAAUGGGUCCGCUCGGGUGCGCCGUCGCCCUCCCGUUCAUUCAGUAAACUGCCAUCUUUGCCGGGUAAGUUGAGAAAGAACGAUUCGUCGACGAGUUUAAGAGGUAUGAGAAUGAGGAAUAUGUCAGUCGCGACGCCCGAUAUCCCGACGGAUUCCCCGGGGACUCCUUCAAGCAGCACUUUUCCGGCAUUUGAUUAUCAAAAAAGCAUCGCGAAUGGCGUUCCGCUCACGCUACCCACACCAACAGGGGCACAUUUCACCCUGAACGGUCUGCCAACAGGCGGUCUUUAUCUUUUCGACAGUAACAUUCACUCGCCAACCAGCCCGGGUUCUCCUAACCCAGCAGCCGACAACGCUCCGAUCCCUCUCGAGCCCUGUCCUGAAUCUUUUCUCUCAAGACCUUUUUGGCUUAUGAGAUGUCUUUAUCAGACUAUUGCACACCCUCGCGGUGGAUACCUCUCAACAAAGUUGUUUAUCCCAAGGGAUGUGUGGCGCGUCAAGAACGUCAAAAUCAAGGCGGUCGAAGAGAAAAUCUCCAAUUGCGAUCUAUUGACGGCGGCUCUACUAAAGCUUGCCCAGGUUGACGUUUACGACGCUGAUGCAAUCUUGGAGGAAAUGCAGUCUUUGGAAAACGUUCUUGACCAAGUACAGGCUACUUUGGCAAAAAAGCUGGGCCACGAAGUUGGGGUUCAAGGAUCCAUGUCGCUUUUCAGGUCCACUUCCAUGGACGAUACAGGCCCGGCUGCAGAUUCGACAUCUUCUUCUAAGACGGCCAGCGGAUCAAGCAGGUCAUAUCUGUCGUCCUGGCGGAAGCUGAGAUCUAAGAAUUCGAAUAUCAACUCCGCGACACCAGUUUCCAAUGGAAAAGAGGGAGGCAAGGAAAACCUGACUAUGCCGUCUCUACCGAUGACUUCCACGCCGAGCGAGCGAAGGUCGAAAAGAGAUCUAACGCAACUCGAAUUCGCGGGACCCAAUGCAAACUACAUGGGGGCGCUGGCAAGGUUAUUUGACGCCGCACAAGUGCUGGAUCAAAUUGCCCACCAGGUCGAGGAUCCAGGGCUGAAACAUUCGUCACCAACCCACGUGGGCCUGGAGCUCAGCACUCGACACGCGGCGGAAUUUUUUGGCUUCUAUGUAUGCCGGUUUGCCUUGAACGACGUGAGCAUGAUGCUGGAUAAAUUCAUCAAACGAGGCAGUGAAUGGGUUCUGAUCUAA